AUGACCGAGCAAGAUGUAGCGCUGUCGGAAGCUCUACGAGCCCAGCCGCUCGUGGGUUCGUUAUGGUCCCGAUCGCUCAUUGCGGGCGCCAUUGCCGGACUGACGGUCGACUUCUCUCUGUACCCGCUCGACACAAUCAAGACACGCCUGCAGUCGAACCUACUCAAUAGUAACCAUGGGCGCCAAACUGCGAGUUUACUCCCGCGUCAUACCCUGCGCGGAACGCUGCGUAGCAUGUAUGCAGGCCUGCCGUCAGCAAUGCUGGGAUCGAUGCCCUCGGCGGCACUUUUCUUCCUGGUCUACGACGGCGUGAAACGGUCACUGGCGACGGACUCGAGUCAGACACCCUCUACCUUAUCCUCCUUCUCCUGGACGCGGACGUACGCGCACAUGAUCGCAUCAUCGCUGGGUGAGAUCGCCGCAUGCGCUAUUCGCGUGCCGACCGAGGUAGUAAAGCAACGGGCCCAAGCAGGCCUGUUUGGCGGUUCCUCGCUGCUCGCAUUCCAGGACAUCCUGGCGCUACGCAAGACAGACGGUGUCGCGACAAUGGUGCGCGAGCUAUACAGAGGUGGUGGAGUCACGAUUAUGCGCGAAAUCCCCUUCACGAUCGUCCAGUUCAGUCUGUGGGAAUACUUGAAGGCGUCCUAUUCAGCUAGACAGCAUCAAGACACGGGUCGUCCAGAGGGACUUGUCACAGCUACGGAGAGCGCAGUUUUCGGGAGCAUGGCGGGUGCGGUUGCCGCGGGGCUAACUACGCCGUUGGAUGUGCUGAAGACCAGAAUCAUGCUCGCGCGCAAAGAAACAAACCCCUCAAGCUCGGGCACCUCGUCGAUUACUUCUCCUCCUACAAGAGCAGGCCCUGUCAGGGUGGUGCAGGAGAUCUUGAAGAGUGAAGGACCAUCUGGCCUGUUCCGCGGAAUCGUGCCUCGGAUUGGAUGGAUCAGCACCGGCGGCGCCAUCUUUCUCGGGACGUACCAAUACGUUUGGAAUAUCCUGGCUUCGGAACAGUCUUGA